GUUCGGGCGGCGCUGCCAGAGCCGAGCAGGUGCCCGAGGAUGGCGAGCCGCAGCCGGACGAGCGCGCCGCAGAGGCGGCGGCCGCAGCAGCCGCCGCAGCAGCCCCGGCCCGCCGCCGCCCCGCCGCCGCCGCCCGCGCUCGUGGUGCUCCUGCUGGCCGCCGCCGCCGCCGCCUCGCUGCUGCCCACAGGGGAUGGACAGAACCUGGUGACAGAAGACGUAACUGUGGUAGAGGGAGAAGUGGCCACCAUCAGUUGCAGAGUCAAAAACAGUGACGACUCCGUGAUCCAGCUUUUGAAUCCCAACAGGCAAACCAUUUAUUUCAGAGACUUCAGACCCUUGAAGGACAGCAGGUUUCAGUUAGUGAAUUUCUCUAGCAGUGAGCUCAGAGUGUCCCUGACAAACGUCUCCAUUUCGGAUGAAGGAAGAUACUUCUGCCAGCUCUACACGGACCCCCCGCAAGAAUACUACAUGACCAUUACGGUGCUCGUCCCGCCACGUAACCUGAGGAUUGAAUCCCAGAAGGAUACUGCAGUGGAAGGAGAAGAGAUUGAGCUGAAUUGCACGUCCAUGGCCAGCCGGCCAGCCACGAUGAUCAAAUGGUUCAAAGGCAGCAAGGAGCUAUUUGGCAAAACAGAAGUGGAGCAGUGGUCAGACAUGUACACGGUGACCAGCCAGCUCUUGUUAAAGGUCAAGCGGGAGGACGAUGGGGUCCCAGUCGUCUGUCAGGUAGACCACCCUGCCGUUAAAGACUUGCAGACCAAGUACUACCUUGAUGUAAUGUAUAAGCCUGAAGUACAAGUUUUGCAGAAUUCUCCUCCGCAGCCGCUAACAAGGGAAGGAGACCUGCUUGAACUUCUGUGCCAAGUCAAAGGGAAACCAGAGCCUAUUGAUGUGACGUGGUUAAGAGUCGACGAUGAGAUGCCCCAGCACGUUUUGGUGUCAGGGUCAAACCUCCACAUUGACAGCCUAAACAAAAGCGAUAAUGGCACAUACCGUUGUGAGGCUUCCAAUCAAGUGGGGACGGCCUAUUCUGAUUACACGCUUUAUGUACACGAUCUUCCCACAACACUCCCUCCACCCACCACCACCCCUUCCACCAUCACCACCACCACCACCAUCACCGCAGUUAUGGUCACAGACACAACGGCGGCGACAGAACUGGCAGCUCACGGCUUUACUCAGUUGCCCAAUACUGCCGAAGAGCUGGACUAUGGGGAUCUCUCAGAUUCUCGAGCAGGAGAAGAGAGCGCCAUCACGGCCGUGGACCACGCGGUGAUCGGAGGCGUUGUGGCUGUCGUGGUGUUCGCGAUGCUGUGUCUCCUGAUCAUCCUGGGGCGGUACUUUGCAAGACACAAAGGUACAUACUUCACUCACGAAGCCAAAGGAGCUGACGAUGCGGCAGACGCCGACACUGCGAUCAUCAAUGCUGAGGGGGGACAGAACAAUUCUGAAGAGAAGAAGGAAUACUUCAUUUAGAGCCACCUUGUUCCGGGAGGUGUCCGGCAGCGGGGCUGAGGGGGGUUCCUGCCCUUCCAGGAAGAUAAAGACAAUGAUGUUGGAAGUUGCUACCAGCUUACGGCUUUUUUAAUUUGUCUCUUUGUGUGUCUUUCUUUCUUUCUUUCUUUCUUUCUUUCUUUCUUUCUUUCUUUCUUUCUUUCUUUUUUUCUUUUUUUCUUUCUUUCUUUCUUUCUUUCUUUCUGUAUGGCUGGCAAAAUGUGUGGGAGUUGAGGAGUCCCAAUGUAAAAGUGUUCUUUGUAAAGUACACUCUGCUGUGUGACACUUCUGUAUCAUUGGGUUGUUAAUUCUCUGGCCAAGUUCGGCCUGGAUUUAGUUUAGUUCCAUCAUUUACAGAAAAUUCUGUGCCUUGUUUUAUUUUUUAUUUCAUUGGAGGGAGGGGAGGAGGGAGGGGCAGAGAUCCUACGGUUUCAUACUGCUCUUACUUUUUGUUUUCCUUCCUAGCCUUUCUUGGAAUUGUCUGCUGGGGUCCCUUGAGAAGAGAUUUGGGUUGGUUGGUUGGUUGCUUUUUUAAAAAAAAAAUCUCUCCUUUUGUUUUGUUAGUUUUUUCUUCUUCUUUCUUCUUUUUCUUCUUCUUCUUCUGUUUUAAGGUUCUGGGUUAUAUUUUGUUGUUGUUGUUUGAAACUGUGUCAUCAAAGGAGAACCAGCACACCUUAGAUUUCAUUGUUUGAAACUGAGUGUUUUCAUAAUCCAUCCUAAUCCCUUGUUGUGAGAGCUUGGACCAAUAGGCUUCGUAGGAGAGCGGGCAGCAGCUGCCCCAGUUCCCAGUGCAGCAAAGACGAGCACGUUGGCUGAACCGUUCGUUCUGCUUCUCGCCCCGGCCCAGGAGUGUGCUGAGUUGAGCACCUGCGAGCAGAGCAUGUGCCCCGGGGAGCCAAACCUGCUUUUCCUUUUCUCCGUGCUUUUCAGCGCUUCUGCCCAGGACGCCCCGUCACGUCUGGGCGGGCGCUGUUCGCCUACAAGUGCUUCGUCCAAGAUCUUACCCGGAAUGGUCGCGAUGAAUGCGGGCAGAUCCUUUGGGGAAAGCAGGCAAAUCUGAGCUGUGGGAGGGGGAGGAAAGAUUAAGUUUGGCUCUAAUUAUUUUGGUUCCCCAGGGUCCCACCAGUGGCUCCCAGUCUGGCCUUGCAUCGCUGUAAUUCGCUGGAAACAGAAAACUGUGAAUCGGCCAACCUGUCUUUUUUUAAAAAAAAUUUCCUCCCUGUUAUCAUGAUGCUUAUUCUUUCGGCCUCGGUUUAUCCCUCCUUCCCUUCUGUUCUUGGCAAAAGGGGUCACGGCGUGAUCUCGGCCUGCAAACCCUGGACGUGACCGACGUUGGUCACCCUGAGUCAUCCGAGCAGAGGCUGCAUGAAGCCUGCCCUUCCUUCGGACAAAAGGCGGGGGUGGGGGGCGGAAGAGAAGCAGGCCUUGCUUUCCGGCUGGUAGCCCCUGCGCCCCUGGCCCAGAAGGUCAGGGCAGAGGCCGGGGAAGCAGCCCGGAAGCUUUUUGUUUGCUUAAUCCAAAUUUUCAGGCUGAGUGUGUGCAAGAGGGAGAGAGAGAGGGAGAUAAUUUUCUUUUUCCUUUCCCCUGAUUAUAACUUCCAAAUGGAGUCUUGGUUCCCUUCCUCAGGCUUAACACCCACCUGCCAAUAAAUUAACUGAUCCUCACAUGAUGGCAGAAGUAGUGAAGAGCGAACCCGAACUAAGUUUUCCUUGUGGAUGUUGGAAACCUGAAGCUUUGGGGAGAUGGGGGCAGCUUUCUUUUCUUCCCCCAGAACGGAGAUGGGGGCUCCUCCCUCUUGGAAAGCAUGGGAGGGAGGGAGGAGGGAGGGGGCGGCUCUCCUAGCAAAGGGAAAAGUUGUAUACGGAGAUUGGGAGCAUUGGUGGUGAGUCCGGGAAGAAUCCACGUUGGAAGCAUGGCUGGCUUACAGGGAAGCACUUGGGGAAGUCCUCCAGGAUACUGGAUGAUAGAUUUGUAUGGCUGUCCUGUUGUAUACUUGCAAAGAUUUAUUGUGGGGGAGGGGGGGAGAGAAUAUCAUCUCUUAAUGUCACCAUCUUUUUUUUAAGAAGAAGGCUUUUUAAAAUAUUUAUUUUUAAAUUAUUGGCAGAAACAUUUAGAUGUUACCUUUUGCUGAUGAAUCUGGCAUGCGAAACCCGUCCUUUUUAAAAGACCUUUCCUAUUCCCACCCCUCCACCCCCCGCCAUCCUUAAAAAACCCAUGAAAACAGACCCGGCCCUUUGCUGCUCCUGCCAAGUUUUGUAACACGCCACUCUUGUUUCUCAGUCUUCAGAACCACUGGAGAUGUCAGUCCAAGCACACCUGCAGGCCACGGACAGCGUCUGGAAGAUCGCAGGAGGGAGGGGGGCUUUUUACCACCCGUCGGUCCCAGGACCGGCAUCCUCUUCGCUGCGUGGCUCAUCUUUGUUUUUGGAAAGUGUACAGUAGUGCCGUGUUCCCAAUGUAACUUUGACUUAAUACUGUUGAGAUGUCUCAGGUUCACGUGUUUUGAUUGGUGUUUCCGUCUCAGGUAGAUUGCAAACUUUUUGGAUCCCACACCUUGGAAGAGACCACAAGGAGCAACCCCACCAGGGACGGAUGGGUGUCAGUGGUACAUCACGUUGGAAGGAUGCUCUCUUGAGGGGGGGGUUGUUUCUGCAAGUAUACUGUGCACUGUUUGAAAUGUAUCGUUAGGUAUUGAUUUGUGCAGGCUUAGAUUUUAAGAGUUAAGCGUUGAGAAAGAACAAACUUGUUUCUUGGGCUUUGGUAAUUUGGAUGCUUUUUUUUUUUUGCAUUCUUCUUUUAGACAAAAUGAAGGGGAAAGCUGACAAGGAGAAUGAAGGAUGCAUAGCUAAUGCCAAAUAAGCUUGUUCUUUACUCGCCCUUUGACCUGUUUUAAUUUUGCCCCCUUAGGCCGAUUCUGUUUAGGGUGUCCAUGGAUGAUGUUACAGUGUAAGAAAACACAUAACCAUCUCUUCCCAUUCACAUUUUGUAUUGGUUCAUGUAUACCAUUUUUACAAAGAAAAAGAAGUACUAUAAAGUAUCUGUCUUCUUAAUAAAAACAAAUUAAUGUUACAAAACUA